AUGGCUUCCGUGUCGGCUGCGUUGCGGGCUCGUGUUCGGCGUCCAUCGAUGCUCAGCAAAAUCGCAACUGCUGAGGAUCUUGUGCCAAUGUUUAAAAAUGGCAUGGAUAUCGGUUGGUCUGGAUUUACGGGCGUCGGCUAUCCUAAAAAGAUUCCUGUCGCUCUGGCGGACCAUGUUGAACGCAACAAUCUCCAGGGAAAGCUCAAAUUCAACCUCUUUGUUGGGGCCUCGACGGGAGCUGAAACGGAAGAUCGCUGGGCAGCGCUUGACAUGAUUGAUCGACGGUAUCCUCAUCAAGUGGGCAGGAACAUUGCAAAGGGUAUCAAUGCAGGGCGGAUACGUUUUGCAGACAAGCAUCUAUCAAUGUUUGCCCAGGAUUUGGUUUAUGGAUAUUACACAAAGGACAAACCGAAAAACAAACUCGAUAUUGUCGUUGUGGAAGCUACGGCUAUUACCGAGGAGGGUGGAAUCAUUCCUGGUGCAUCUGUGGGAGCUACUCCAGAAUUGAUCCAAAUGGCCGACAAGGUCAUCAUUGAAGUCAACACUGCAAUUCCAUCUUUUGAAGGUCUUCAUGACAUUACCAUGAGCACCCUUCCGCCUCGUCGUAAGCCAUACUUGGUCAUGGCAGUCGAGGACAGGAUUGGUACCAACCAUGUGCCGAUUGAUCCCGAGAAAGUCGUGGCCAUCGUUGAGAGUAAUCGUCCCGAUAACACGGGAGGAAAUGAUCCAGAGGACGAGACAUCUCGUGCUAUCGCAAGCCACCUCUUAGAGUUCUUCAAUCACGAAAUCAGACACGGACGUCUCCCCACGUCACUUCUUCCAUUGCAAUCCGGGAUUGGAAACAUUGCCAACGCAGUGAUUGGAGGCCUUGCAGAUGGCCCAUUCAACAAUGUGACGGUCUGGACCGAAGUUAUCCAAGAUACCUUUCUGCGGUUCUUUGACAAGGGUAACCUCAAAUUUGCCACUGCAACGUCCGUCCGUUUCUCGCCGGAAGGCUUUGAAAAGUUUUACAAGAAUUGGGACCGGUACUAUGAUAAGCUUUUGUUGCGGUCGCAGCAAGUGUCAAACUCCCCCGAGAUUAUCCGUCGACUCGGAGUGAUUGCGAUGAAUACCCCGGUUGAGGUGGACAUUUAUGGACACGGCAACAGCACCUGCGUGAUGGGAUCCCGGAUGCUCAACGGUCUCGGCGGUUCAGCCGACUUCCUUCGUAAUGCAAAGCUUUCGAUCAUGCACACUCCAUCCGUUAGACCGACCAAGAAGGAUCCCACUGGUAUCACAACCAUUGUGCCCAUGUGCACGCAUGUGGACCAGACCGAGCACGAUUUGGAUGUGAUUGUUACUGAGCAGGGUCUAGCCGAUCUUCGCGGUCUCUCGCCCCGAGAGCGUGCUAAACUCAUUAUUGAACAAUGCGCUCAUCCAGACUACAAGGACGUUCUCAUGGACUAUUUCAAGCAGGCAACCAAAGAAUGUUUUGCAAAGGGUGCAGGCCACGAGCCUCACAUGUUGCGAAAUGUGUUUAGAAUGCAUCUCGGACUUGAAAAGGAGGGGACAAUGAAGGGACAUGGCUGGGAGUAG